AUGUCUUUGAGGACUCUGCCUUUACUGAUGAUAAAUAUGGGUGGAGAAAUGCUUUAUAUUUUGGACCAGAGACUCCGAGCUCAGAAUGAAACAGAUGAUAAAAUACAGAAAGUGAUGAAUGAUAUAGUGGGUGUGAUGUUCAGUAAGGCAUUUUUGGAGGAGCUGAUGCAGCCGCAGGACACAUACUCACACCAAGCUCUGCGCUACCUGCUAACACGCCUGGCUCACACCUCCAUCAUGAGGCUCAACUCCACCAGCAUAGACAGGCUGUAUGACCUGAUGACCAUGGCGUUUAAGUACCAGAUCGCUCUCUGUCCUCGACCGCGGGACAUACUUCUCGUCUCCUUCAACCACAUGGACGGGGUUCGGGAGCUGGUUAAAGACAAUCCCCGCCUCGUUAACCUCAUCAACGAGGCACAGCGUCUCAUCAUAGAGAUGUUUACUCCUUUAUCAGACGGUGAGUUUCAGCUCAUCCGCCAGACCCUCCUCACAUUCUUUCAGGACACGCACAUCAGGGUGUCGGUUUUCCUGAAGGAGAAUCUCCAGAACGCAGACGGGAGUUUUGUGAUGCCGACGUCGGGGACGGUGCCUCAUGGAUCUGAGGUUCCAGGAUUAAUCAGGUAUUUUAACACCCGAGGCAGGGUGGUGAGAAGGCGUGAGUUUGUAACUGGAGGAAGUUACACCAGACCCGUGAGAGACGCUUCGUUCGACGUGUCUGGAGACCGAGUCACACGUCUGGGCAUUAACAUGUAUGGUGAGAGCUCACACACACCCGAGGACACACACACCUCACGAAGCUCCACACACACCUGCAAAAGAGAGCAGGUCAGUGAUGAGCCUAACCCUCUGGCUAAAGUAGAGCUGAACCUGUUAGCCAAGUUGAUGGGUCAGAUGGAGGUCUGGGAUUCGGUGGGUGCUGAUGGAGGGAUGGGAGUCAAUCUGUUUCCUUCAGACCAGGAAGAAGAGGACACGAGCAGGUUCUCGGUGGAGGACGAGGUGUUCUGUGUGGUGAACAUCCAGGCGGUGAAGGUCGACACAGAGUUGACCCGCAUCGCCGCCGAGUUCACCGAUCAGGACGCGGCCGAGAGACCCGGCGACAAAGGAGAAGAUCUGCUGGCCAUGAUGGACGAGCUCUGAAACGCAAUGACUUAACACGUCCAGUUCAUGUGUGAUCUUAUAUUCUGACACGUGCAGUUAUGUGAGACGUUGAAGAAAACUCUAAACUCAAGUAUUGUGUAAUAAAUACAACCCCAUGUGACAAAAACGAGUCAUUUAUUUAAAAAGAUAAACAACAAUUUGUGCAUAAAUGUGGAACAACCAGUGGUGGACCGUCCUUCUCAAGUCCUUCUCUGCUCUACAAACAGCAGUGAUCUGAAUCACUGACUUGCAUUUUAAUAUAUUUUUCCAUGAAUGUGUAUUAAAUUAUUCCCAAUAGUCUAUUCUCUACAUUUCAUAGCUUUUCUCACGGUUGCGCUGCUUCCAGUAGUGUAUAUUUAUGAUAAGAAUAUUUAUCCAAUCAUAUUUCAGCUAGUGGCUGACAUCAUGUGUUGCCAGGGCGAAAGAAAUCUGCCUUAAUCACGUCCUUUGAUUGGAUAAUUGGAGUAGUCAGAGGCAGA